CGAAGAAGUAAUCCCUGUAAUAUGAUUUUGAAAGCGGAGGAGGGAGACUUAAAGACUUUGAUUGAUUGAUUUAUAAAAGGAACCCUAAGUUUCCGAACUUUGUCCGUCGCCGUCUGAAAACUCUGUAGCUCUCUCACUUCAGCUUUCCAAUUAAAGGGAACAAAGCUUUGAUUUUUGCCGCAGUCAGAAGCAUUACUUUGCAAGAACAAGUGUGUAAACAAAGAUGAGGAGCUCCCAAAACGGCGGCGCAAUGGGUGGACGAGCUGCCGGAACCGGCGGAGGAGGACCGUCGGCUCCAGUUGACAAAGAAGUUGACUACGCUCAGUACUUCUGUACUUACUCCUUCCUAUACCACCAGAAGGAUAUGCUCUCCGACCGUGUCCGUAUGGAUGCUUACUUCAACGCCGUCUUCCAGAACAAACAUCACUUUGAGGGCAAGACUGUUUUAGACGUGGGCACCGGGAGUGGAAUUCUUGCAAUUUGGUCAGCUCAAGCUGGUGCCAGGAAGGUUUAUGCCGUUGAAGCUACUAAGAUGGCUGAUCAUGCUCGUGCCCUUGUCAAAGCCAAUAACCUUGACCAUAUUGUAGAAGUCAUUGAAGGAUCUGUCGAGGAUAUUUCAUUGCCUGAGAAAGUUGAUGUAAUUAUCUCGGAGUGGAUGGGAUACUUCCUUCUGCGGGAGUCCAUGUUUGAUUCUGUGAUUAGUGCUCGUGACCGAUGGUUAAAGCCAACAGGUGUCAUGUACCCUAGUCAUGCUCGCAUGUGGCUUGCACCCAUCAAGUCCAAUAUAGCAGAUCGGAAGAGGAAUGAUUUCGAUGGGGCAAUGGCAGACUGGCAUAACUUUUCGGAUGAGAUCAAAAGUUACUAUGGGGUUGAUAUGGGAGUUUUAACAAAACCUUUUGCUGAAGAGCAAGAAAAGUAUUACAUACAGACUGCUAUGUGGAAUGACUUGAAUCCACAACAAAUCAUAGGCACUCCCACAAUUGUCAAGGAGAUGGAUUGUUUGACAGCAUCUGUCAGUGAAAUCGAGGAAGUCAGAUCAAAUGUAACGUCAGUUAUCAAUAUGGAGCAUACAAGGCUAUGUGGUUUUGGUGGAUGGUUCGAUGUUCAGUUCUCGGGGAGAAAAGAAGACCCCGCACAGCAAGAAAUCGAGUUGACCACAGCUCCAAGUGAGCAGCACUGCACGCACUGGGGACAACAGGUUUUCAUUAUGUCGAAUCCUAUAAAUGUUGAGGAAGGUGAUAAUCUGAAUCUUGGUUUGUUAAUGAGCCGGUCCAAGGAAAAUCACCGACUAAUGGAGAUUGAGCUUAACUGUGAAAUAAAAGAAGCAUCUGGUAACCCCAAAGAAUCUUUCAAGAAGACUUACUUCAUAGAGUGAUUGAUUGAUUAUAGAGAAGCUUUCCUUGGGGCUUGCUGGUUCUUGUAUCCCAUGUAUGAACCCCAAAUGUAAUGUUUUAUUGCUUCUUGCCUUUUUUUUCUAUGUAAACGAGAUUGUUAUACCAAUUUUCAAUAGAUUUUUAUAUGGGUGAUAUAAUUUAUUAUUUUUGGUAUUUGAUUAAACAUCCAAAAAUUUCUUCGGUAUUAAUUUUGAAGAGAUUUUUUUUCUGUGAAGAUUGUUUAACUUUUUUG